AUGUUGGCAGAGGUGAGAGGAAUCGAGGAAGAUAGCGAAGACUUGAACCUCUCAUUGAAAGCGUCAACGAAGACUGGAAUAACGCUACCCCCUUGUCCGCAGCCCGACUAUGCCGUCGAAUUCAAACGCGAGGCGUUUACAGAACAACAGCUCAUUAAGCUUUCACUUUUCAUUGGCGACGUCAUCGCCGGCGACCUAUCCUACUUCAUGGCCACGUACUAUAUCAUGACCCUUGCAGUCAGAGCGAUUGUCGAGUUUUUCCGACUUCUCAAGCCCGAAGAGGAGCUUCACCGGCAAAUUCUGGCCUUUUUAAUCACCCAAGAUGCCCGGUCGGUGAGAAUAUACGGUCAUUACCUAGUGAUCAAUGGAAAAGACACUACCUUCUAUCGUCACCAUAUCCGCUCCUUCGACUUUACAGCAUUAGAGGGCAAAGAGAAAGGGACGUCAUAUAAUUUCACCGGGAACGUCUACGAUAUGUGGAUACUAUGGCACCUGGACAAUAUCCGCUCGGCCAUUGAUGAGCUCCCGUCUGAGUUUGACUUCAAAAGCCCGUUGCUCCCAGAGGGAUCCGGACUUUCGCAAGACUCGGAAACUUAUCAUCUCCCUAGAUGGUCACCGUCAUCUCACUCAUGA